AUGGAGCCCAAGUUUGACAUACCACUUACACCAAGCCCUGUUCUAAGCAGCUCUCUCGGCGAGUUAACAAACGCGUCUCCUGAGCCAGCUGAAGACCUUGUUCGUUGGUCCGGGGAACGCCUUCAGAAAUACGUGGCUCUCGGUGGGAGUGAUACAGUUGUUCGUCUUCUCAACCUAUUCGUCAACUAUCUCCCGAAAGAUGGCUCCAUUGUAUUGAUGCAGGACAUUAUUACUCUCAAGGAUGAUGAACAACUUCGUCAACUUAAGAACCAUCUAGUUGAUGCGAUUCUAAAGCCAGUCCAAUCAUCCGGUGGAAAGACUCCUGCAGCUACUCAAUCUCCAUGCACCGAUGCUCAAGUACAAGUUGAUUCUCUUAUCAUGAAUCCCUCAACUCGCAACGAGCAAUCUAAGCUCAAAGAAGAUUGUCUCAAGAGAGAUGGUUAUCGAUGCAAAGUGACUGGCUUCUGGGACUCUAAAUCAGUAAAGGAUAAACAGACGACUAUACCUAAAGGCGACCAGCACUUUAGAGGAGAUACAGAGGUUGCUCAUAUCUUACCAUUUACUCUAGGGAAUUUUGAUGAGGAUAAAAGCUUUGAGGUUGAUAAUAAGGCGGUUAUCUGGCAAUGCCUCUAUAGGUACUUUCCGGGUCUGGAUAAAGUAGUCUCUCCGGAGACCAUCAAUAACCCCGCAAAUGCUAUUACUCUCUACUUUCCUCUUCACCGCCAGUUUGGCUCUUUAAAUUUCGCUUUUAAAGAAACGUCUCACAUCUAUACAGUUGUACGGUAUAAAGAGGGUAAUACCGCUGAGUUUCGUGAUCUCCCUCCAGAUAAUCGAAUAACCUUUUAUUGCAACGAUAGCUCAAUUCCGAUGCCAAGUCCAUUUCUUCUUUCCGUUCAUGCGAGAAUUGGGAAGAUUCUACAUGUGGGUGGGCUAAAGGGUCGAUUUGAGAAGAUGAUAUCUCCUCUAUUUCUCCCUUCCCGAAUUGAUCCCAGCGGGUCCACUGACCUGGGGGCGAUUGUGGCGAGCGUACAGUAUACGGCAUUCCAAUUCUUGUCCCUUGCGGUUGAGAACUGCUUAACCGAACUACCGUACAUCUCUGAGGCAUGUGUUAUGGCCGUGUCAAAUAAGAAAACCAGGCAGCUAUGUGGAGCAGCUGUGAGGCUUAGGCCCGAAGCUACAUUCCCUAUGAAUACGGCGACUCUAGAGCGGGUCAGAUUAGAUCUAGAGGGUAAACUGCCUACGUACAUGAUGCCCACCGUUCUGAGAGUGUUAAUAAAUGAAGAGAAGCUGCCUUUACUUUAA